AUGCUGAGCAGACAGCUGAACGAGCUGCGUGUGCAGAAGCAGGUCCAAGUGUUUGAAGAUAAAAAUAUUGAUAAACUGACGAGGAACAAAUAUAGCCUAUUUAGGAACGUCUACAAAAAUGUGAUUGUUUCCCCAGCGCACGCGGAAUCCAUAAGGAGUUGCCUGCGAAAGUUGGCAGGCAUAAACAAAUCGUUCGAGGCCUUCGAGAAAUUAUUCUACCUGGAGGAGAGCGAUGUGCUGCACAGUUUUUAUGACCAGCAGGGGGGCGAAGCGAAGCUCAUCGGGGGGGAGCAUCCAAAUGGGCGCACAGGAAAUUGCAGAAGUGACCCCAGUGUGGGUGCUCCAUUGGGUGCUCAUGAGGAUGCCCCAUUGGAUGCUCGAGGGGACGCCCAUGAGGACCCCCAAAUCUACCGGAAGCACCGCGAAUUCCUGACGCAGGAAGAAGAGCGCGUGAUCGUGAAAAAGGUGAAAUCAUUCCUAAAGCUGUGCUCCAUUUAUGCGGACAGAAAAGAAGUGAAAAUCCUGAUCGAGUUCCUAAUUUACAAGUACGAAAUAAAUGUGAAAUGCAGCCAGGACAUUUUGCUCUGCAUUUUGCCCAACCUUUCCCUCGCCCACUUGAGGAACAUUUUGGAGAUUAUUUAUAUAGAAAAGAGUUCCGCCUUUUUCUUCAUAAAUAAUUUCAAGCACGAGCAUCUGAAGGAUGUCGACCAGUCGGUUUUUGUGCACCACAUAAAGAGGAACAUAUCGAUAUAUAAAAUGAUAUUUGAGUACCUCGUGGAGUUGUUACAUGGCAGUCACGCUGCCAUGGGUGAGGCGUCCCCCGCGGGGGAGAGGCCCAAGGGUGCGCCCAUCCCGUACGUAAACUUCUUCAUCUCGGUGACGGAAGAUAUCAUCCGCAGCUAUAUUGACAUACCUGUGCAGAUAAUCGAAUUCUACUGCAAUGUUUUGCUGGUGCUGUUGAGAAGGUGUGGGCAGUCCUUCGAGGUGAUGAAGAGCGCACGCAGGAAGGGGGAAAGGGACGACGGUGCCACCCGCCACAUGGCUCACGCGAUGGCCACGCUUCAAAUCCACCAGUGCGUAGAUUUUUUAGAGAAAUUUUUGAAAACGUUCGAAGAUGCAAUUGGGAAGUGCAAGACGGGGUUCAACUUUGACUUUUUGAAGAACAAAAUUUUUGCCUUUUUUGACGGAGCGUUUUUGUCAGCAGGGGAGGGAGGGGCAGAAGAAGGCGUGGCCAGUGCCCAGUCCCCCCACUCCAGAUUUAUGAAUUCGCUACUUGUCCUUUUAAACGUAAUUUACAAAAAUGCCCACCAGAUAUCGCUCGCCAGCUUUGUUAAGCAGGAACAGGCACACAGAGGGGCCGCACCACAGGAGAGACCUACCCCGGAACACCAAAUAGAUGAGAAUGCCAUCCAAGGCAUAAUAAACUUUGUGAAGGAAAAUAAAAAAAACUGUUUUGACAAUCAUAUAAACGGCAUCGUGCAGGAUCACCAGGCUCUGCGAAGUUUGAUGAGCCUCCUGUACCAACUUAACAACACCUACGAAGUGACAGACAAUUUGUUAAAAAUCGUGCUGAUAAAGAGCUACUCUUUGAGGCUAAAUUGGUUUCCCAUAGAGCACAUAUUUUUGCAGACACUUAGGAGUAAGCAGAAUUACCUGUUCAACAUAAUCGCGAUAAUAAAUUUUAUAUCGUUUUAUGUUUUCCUAAUAAAAUCGAGGGAGUACGAACUGGAUGAGGGGAUCUCCGAAGGUUCAAAGCUGAAGAGAAGUGUAGAAUCGUUACGCACCUGGCAAGUUGUGGAAGCAUUCCUUGGGAAGGUAUCCCAUGGGAACUCCCUCCACCCAGAGGUUAUAAUACGAAGUGGGCACUUGUACCACAUUGUUAAAUUUUUUCUGAAGGAAAAUAGCGACCUUUUUAAGAAAAAAAUUAUUCUAUUCGAACUAUACAGCAAGAUAGACGAGCGUUUGCUAAGGCUGAUUAAAGGGGUCAACACCAAGCUGCACCGCCUCCACAUUUUUAACGCGCUUAGUAAUGACAAAAUCGAUUUUGACGACCCUGAGGUGGUGGAGCGGGCCGUUAGAAGUGUCAAAUAUAUGUAUGAUCAUCGAAGGGGGAGUGACCCUUCAGUGGAAGUGACUGUGGAGGGAACAACCGAUUGCACAACUGGAGAACGCCCCGAGGAGGCUUCAUUCUCCCUAGGAACGAUAAAAAAAGGAAAGAGUUUUUCAAAGUCAAAGCGAAACAUAGAGUGCCUGUACGCGAAAAUAUUCUUCCAGUUGAGGAAAAAUAAAAUCCUUUUUGUGGACUACAUGAAGAAGUACGAAAAAGAACUGAUCUAUUUUUUCCCCUCCAAAAAGUACCUAUACCGCAUAAUGUUUACCACUUUCAAUGAGUUGAAGCACCGCAACUUUUGCGAAAUUGACAAUGAAAGAAACACAACAUUUUUGAGAUUUUAUUUGAAAUUGUUUCUGACCAAAUUGAGCAAUCUCGAAAUUAAAAAUAAAGCAAAAUUGCAAAAUGAGAAGUUUUUUAAAAAAUUCGUCAACGUGAAUUUUGCCUUUUUUUUCGUCCUCUAUGACUACCUGCAGAAUAAGCACCUCUACCCGAACAAUUCCUUCUUUUCAAGAAAGAUUUUAUCCGACAGUUUUAAGCUAGUGGAGGACUUCCUAGCCUUACUAGCAAGGUUGAAAGGCGUCCAGGGAUACACCUUUGAGGAGUUCUUCCAAGCCGAAAUGACGCAGCGCCGGUGCGAAAACAUCAAAGGGGUGAUAAGGCACAGCGUGCCCUUCAGGGCGCUCAUACUCUGCAGAAUUGCGCGCUACCUAUCAGCGGAAGUGGGAAACUCCCUGGGGGAGUACACAAAUGGGGGGAGCGUGCUCCAAGGGGGAGAAGUGAACGAUUGUCCGGUGGGAGGCAACCCCCCAGAUGGAGGCAACCCCCCACCUGGUGACAACUCCAAACCCUUCCUCCUGAACAUCCUCAAAUGUGUAUUCAAACACUUGGAGGACGUCAGCUCCAUUAAAGAAGAGUCGGAGAGCCACAUCUACGAAAGCAUCGAGGAGUCCUUUCAAAAAAUUAUAUUACAAUUUAGGAAGAUAAAUUCCUCGGUGACUUUUUACCUGUACUGUAAAUAUUUGAACACCUUCUUCCUGAGCGACGCGUACAUCCAAUUUGUGCUGAAGACCUUGGACCUCUUCUUCUGCAUUUUCAAAAUGGAAAAAACGAAGAAGUACAUAAAAGACAAAAAUAUCUGCAAAACAAUCAUUGCGGAAUUGUUUCGAAUGAAAUUAAAAUUAUUUAAAAAUUUAGACGUCAAGUCCUUUUACCAAAGUUUUCUCAUCUCAGUCAUGCUGGUCAUAUUUCCAGAUAUUUCAAAUUCCCAUCGGUACGCUAAUAUGUUGUACGUUGCCAAAAAGCGGGGUCACAGUGGCUCCUUUGUCGUCGAUUACUUUGUCAUUAAUAGGCUGUUCGAAAGGCAGCGGGGGAGGAAGUGCGAAGGGGUUUUUCAUUUGUUGGGGGACAGCCAAGGAGAAGGCGGCCUCCCCGAUGUGCAGCUUAGCCAGGGAGAUCCGCUAAAUCAGACGAUAUCACCCCCUUCUCACGACUACACCGUCACGCACCUCUUUGUAAACCGCAAAAGGAACACCAAACCGGAAACGAGCGAUGAAAGCUAUGAAGAAAGAAAAUACUACUUGUUCAUUCUUGCCUACCUGAGCAGGCCCUUUUUUGACGUCUUCCUGUCCCAUUUCCACAACGUCUAUCGGAAGAAUUAUAUAUACGCGGAGUUCUUGAAGGACGCUUUGAUAGUAGCCUUUUUGAGAAAAAUUAUGAGAAGAAAUUCAUACCCUUAUAAAAUUACCAAAAUUUAUAAGGCCAUGUUGUCCGUUAAAUGUGACGCGUCGCUCGAGACGAGGGAACUGUUUCUCUUUCUUCACCUGGUCGAUUUUUAUGUGAACGCUUUGAAGAAUGCGGCUGUGAGGGGGGGCAGUCGAAAAGCCAAGAAAAAGUGUAGGGAAGCUCCAAUGGAGAGAAGCAUCCCCAAUGGGAAUGGUACCCCUAGUGAGCUGCCUACUGGGGAGGACAACAACGCAACCAAGGCGAAUGCAUCCGUAUACGUGCCGGCGAAUGCACCCUCAUACGUGCCGACGAAUGCAUCCGCAUACGUGCCGGCGAAACUGCUCAAAAAGGUGAAUUCGCAAAAGUUCCAAAUGCGGGGCUGCUCAGACUUCCAAUCGUUGAGCAGCAAGAAAAAAAUAAAAAAAAUUAAAUACAAAAAUAUAGUGAACGAACCAGGAGGGGAAGAGGCGGACAGAGCCUUCUUCCAAAACCUCAAGGGGUUCUUCAAGUACCAUGAAAAUCUCUUCACAAAUUCGUAUUUCAAAAAAGAAGUAGAAAUAAAGGCCAUCUGCGAAUCGAUAAUACAGCAUGUCAUCAAAAUUAAGGAUAAGCACCUAACAAUCCAAUUGCUUUGCAUUAGGAACUUUGCCACCAGCUGCCUGUUCAGCAAAGAUUUGCAGGCGCACAUUGAACAGUUAGAAGUAGCCAACUUGAUGCUGUUUAGGAAACUGUUUGCCAACAAGGCGCAUCACGAUUACCACUCCAUUUUGCUCAUGUGCAAAAAUGUGAGCAGCGUAAGGGAGAGGAACAAAAUAUUGCUCUUUAUGGAGGAGCAGAUGAUACAGGUCGGCAGGGAGGCGGGCCCCUCCGAGAGUCACAUGGCCAUCCUCAAAAUUGUCAUUGUGUUGUCCGACGGGGGGGGAGGCAUUGAAAGCGGCGGAGCCAGCGGUGGAAGUGUCAAUCGAAGCGCCAACCGAAGCGGAGAGGCGCCCGCGGAGGACCCCGCCCACGCCCAGUUUGUAGAAACCCACAUAAGGAUAUUCAAAAAAAUUGCCAAGUGCGCACAAAUAAACGACGUCAUGUUUUUGAAGCUGCUAAAAUACGUGGGCAACAUUUGCAGCCUUAUAUACGAGGUGCCCGAGCUGGUAGCGCAGCACUUUUCCCUCACCGGAAAUAACUUCCUUUUCGAAGUUGUCUCCUUUUUCGAAACGAAUGUUUUUUACCUGCGUGAGGACGUCACUGCUCAUUUGAAGCCCCUGGCGCACAUUUUGGACAAGACGAUUAGGAGGAAGAUUUUGCUCUUCGUGCGGGCCAAGGAAAGGGCAUCCUGUGCAGCAGCGGUUGAAGGGGAGGGCAGAGGGGAUACGCCUCCCAGUUUGGUACCCCCCCCGAAUGACUCUACAAGGGGCCACAGCGAAGAACUCACAUCGGAAGCCGCAUUAACGGAAGAACGUCUAAAUUGCAAAGAGCAUACUCAAAGUGAAAGACCCCCCCGCGGAUCACCAUCCUUGGAGCUGAGCGAUGAAGAGGAUAUGGACCGACACUACCACCUGCACACAUUUGCCUACAUGUGCACUUUCAUUAACCGCAUAUUUAAGAACGAAAUAAAUUUGGAACAUUUCACAGUCCUCGUGAACAAUUUAAUUUUCCUCUUCAACAGAAAGUACACGUCAUACAUCAUAGCCAUUUGCCUCAUAAAUUUAGUAAUAAAAAUUAAGCUAGAAAAAUUGCAUGCGUGUAGGAAUUAUUUUCUGGAAAUUUGUUACGUGUACUUUACCAACGAUGUGGAUUACUGUAUUAAUAACCACCUGUUGCUUUUUCUGGCGUUGUACCUCUGCCCGCAUUCUCCCGAGAAGGACGAGUUGGUGGAGGGGGGAAGGCUACACGGCGAGGGCCACACAAAUGGGGGAGACAAAACAGUUACAACCAAUAAAACAACUCACCUGCAACCCCCGUACGAACAUUUAAGCGCCAUCUACCCGGAGUAUUUACUCUCCAAACUGAAGUACUUCAAACCCCAUCUGAAGAAAGUUAAGAACAACCAGAAUCUCUGCCUCAAAAUUAUUGCCCUCAUAUCUAUAGUUAACACGCUGAACAGAAACGUAAUAAAAUCCAUUUCGUACUUCAUCUACAUUUUGACUCUUCAAAAUUUUGUUCUUUGUUUCUGCUUCGCAAAGGAUAAGGUCAUUAAUAGGAAGCUGAACGUCCUCUUUAGGAAGUUUUCCUUCCGAAACACAGACACGUUUGUCUGGGCCUACGUGCUGGACAACUUCAAAAUGGGGGACACCUCCAAAAGGGGAGCCGCACUGGUUGGGAAAUCCUCCAACGAUGCUAAUUUGAAGGGGCACCACUUCGAGGAGCUAUUUUUGCACAAAUUUUUGCAGAACCUGAACAGGCUGAAGGAUCAUAUGAAAUUCGAGGAGGGAUAUAAAAAGCUGCUCCGAUGCAGAGAGAAGCUAAACAACCAGGGUAGGGACUCACACGACAGUGCAGCCCAGGCAUCCGAGGAGCAUUUCCUCUUUGACAUAUUUAACGACUUGUUAAAGAAGGAGAUACACGAUGAAAAUGAAAUUAAUAGCAUUAUGAAUAAGCAGCUGUUCCACUUCUACGAAUUUCUAAUUAAGAAAAUGCUCACCGUGAAUUCUGCCAAGUGCCCCAAUCUUUUCAAAGAAAUGUCCAUUUUUAUGAACCAGAAAUUGAACAGCGGAACGGAUAAGAAGCCCAUUUUUGACGCCCUCAUUUACUUUCUCUACACGAGGAAGGAUGAGAAGGCCAUCGCGUCGCUCAAUCAGAUGUACAUUUAUAACAUGUUCAAUAAGGCCCUGUUCAAAAUAUACGUGGAUGAUUAUACGAAGAUAGUCAUCAUUUCGAAGGUGAACGAAAUUUUGAGGACCCUACUUCGGCAGUUUUACUUCUUCCUGGGGAAUGAGCGAAGGAGCAGGUGGACUGCCGCGUUGCCAGGCGAAGUGGUAAGCGAAGUGGAGGUAAUCCCCCUAAAUGACCUGCAAGGAGACGCGGAGGCAGACAUCCGCGGUGAGGACAACAUCCCACUCAGCAGUGCCACCUUCAAGGGACCCAUUUCCGGCAAGGCGAAAAGGAAGAGAACCGUUUGCAGCGAAAUGGACAUGAUAAAUGAUGAAUACAGAAAGUAUUGCGAGCGAGUGGGUCGUCUGAGCAAAGGUCCGCUCGGUGACGAACCGGUGGUGGAUCCCCCCAACCAGGGUGACGUUAUUCAGGGUGAUGUUAUUCAGGAUGAUGUGAUUCAGGAUGAGGUUGCCCCAGCAGAUGAGGAUCUGGCCUACCUGUCAGAUGCAGACUCGAUCGAUUUGUAUUGCACCCUGGGUGACGAUAACCUCAGGGGCAACAACUCAGAGUGCGCCCAACCGCACAGCGUACCCACAAUUGCCAAAUUAAGUGCCACCCAAAUUGCGCACAUAAAACGCACAAACCAGCUGAAAGACCUGAACAGCAUUUUCCUGCUGGACCUCUACCCCCUGAACACAAUAGUGAAGUGCAUAUCGUCGGUGCUGCUCAACUUCCCGCUGUUCACGAAGAAGCACCUGAUUGAGUUAUUCAGAUUUUUGUUUUUAAAAAAUAGACACUACGUCCUAAUCAAUGAGAAAAAUCUGCUACAAAAUAGCCUGUACAAUUUGAACAGAGAAAACAAAAUGAAACAUAUUAGCAAAGUUAUGAUGAACCCGUUGAGGAAGCUAAACGUGUACCACUUAUUUUUUAUUUUUUCAAAUAAUCACGUGGAACUUUGCCUAAAGCAUGUAAUGAGAUACGUCAAGAAAAACUUCCCCCCUUUGGCUAACAGCAAAACCCCCUACAGCUAUAACGAAUCCGUCGUUUUGAACAACGCCCUAUUUGUUUACCAACAUUUGGUCAUCUUUCAAGGCAGUUUAGCUACCCCCAAGAGGGGGGACCCCCAUUUAGGGCUGGAACUCCUCUUCUGCAUUUUAAAAGCGCAUCUAAAAAAUUGUGCCAAUUAUGUUACCACUCUGGUGGGUAAAUGGGGACACAAAAUGGAGAAGCUGCACGGGGGGAAUUUCUUCACGUAUUGUAGUGACCACCCCGAUGGGGUAAACACCCCCGAUGUGGAUAAAUCGAAAAGCGACCUAACCGUGGAUCUACGAAUUGAGGAGGAGAACAUUGUAAAGGCUUUACUGUACACCUCGACGAAAAUGAAAUUGUCUUCCCUGGGAAACCUAUUUGAUAAACUCCUAGCGUCUUUUGAGCAGCCCAAUUUUGAAUCCAAGCUGAGUUCCCUCCUGGAUAACUACAAAGCUGUUUACGAGAGGAGGAUAUAUUUCCUCUACUUUUACAGGCUCUAUCAAAAUUUUGGUUCCGUAUUGAGUGAAAAGAAUAAGUACCUCUUCGACCUACUGAAUAAUAUCAAAUUUGUGCUGCUUGCUUGCCACCGGAAUUGUUGCCAGUUGGGUUCUUCCUCCGCUGAAGGGGGGGCCAUCACGGGAGAUGCUGCUAACUCGGUGGUAGAAGCUACCUAUGAGGACGCUCACCAAGGGGAUCCCCAUCACAGCGUUGAAUAUACCACCACCGCCGGGGGAACAAAACGAAGGAAGGUGAAAAAAGUGGCUAUGAGAAACACUUGGUAUUGGUUCGACCUGGGCUACUGCACCCUCCUGUGUCUGUAUGAAAUUUUAAAAAAUGAAAAAAAAAACCAAAAAAAUUUCACCCCCAUAUAUUACCAAACCUGUUUCGAUUACGUGAUAAACUGCUUCGACAUGUUCGCAUACCUCCCAAGAGUACACACAAACGAUCAUUUUAAAAACUGCAUUAGCGAAGACGUCAUACGAAAUAGCCAACAAUUGGACAUCAAAACGGUUUCUAUUGCCCUGCUUGACAUUUUAAAGCUAAUCCUCUUUGAACUCUACUCCUUAUAUAUAAAUGACCCGGAAAAAAUACAAAUCAUGACUAUGAGACUUUCCCUAAAAAAUGAAAAUAACAACACCAGCAGUAAUGUUACCCUGUCUAUAAUUCUAACGUUGAAAUAUGUUUAUGAUAAUAUUGGGUAUAAGGAGCUGCUCUUUGCCGUCACCGAUUUGUAUCAGCUCUUUUCAGAACUGAAUGACCACCCGGAUGACGAAAUUGAGCUUCUCACGAAGGAGUGGUUCGCUUCGAUAAGUAAAUUCUCGGCCGAGGGCUGACCCAUGAAGGGUGCACAUAUGUUUUGUGCUUCCCGAGCAGAAUGCAGCUUGCGCACACCGCAAGAUCGGUUCUGCUCACUCGCCUGCAUAGGUGUUAUACGCACAGCACAGCUGUUCACUCCUGUUCACUCCUAUUAUGUGUGCGCGCCUGCCGUUGAAGAUGCGAAACUUUUGCCCCCACCCGCGGACCGAAAGAGCACAUUUCAGUAGUAAGCUUGAAGUGAGAAUGCUGCCUACCGCCCGCCGCCUACCAACCACUACAAUCUCGUCUGACCAGAUAACACAGCAGCGCGGCGUGCAGUACGAAGUGGAGACGUUUUAAGACCACAUAUAUGUUUUCACCCCCCAUCUGAAAGGAUUUUCCGUUUGGAAAAGCGCCUUAAAAGGACAUUUUAGAAAGUGCACACCCAUGUGAGCACUUAAACUGUUCGCAGCGUGCCCUGCCAACCCUUUGCGGAAGGCGCAGGUGUAUUCCCCUUGACCCAAGAGCGCACAGCUGAGAAAGAAAUAAAAAAACGACCAAGUGAUACUCCUUCAUUCGCAUUUGUGAAAAAGGGUCUCUCUCCCCCCCGUUUAUCCCUUCCAUGCGCAUUUUCCCCCUCUAGUGCAUCAUUUCACCAUUUUUAUCUUUUCACGAAUGGAGUAGGAGUAGCGUUGUCCGUUCGUUACUCCACGUUUACUCACUGUGCAUAUGUUCAGCAUCUACGUGGCGCAAAUGCAGUAUACAAUGUGUCAUUUUUUUUUU